UUCGUCACACCGAAAGGAAACGAUGGUCGGAAGUUUCAUUCAGCAUAGUGGAGUCAACGCAAUACGCUGAGGAAUUUAUUUCUUAGGAACAGAUACGGAAAAGGUCUGAAAUGGCGAAUGGAGAAGGAACAAGUUCUGCUCCAGCUACCAGCGCAGCACCUAGAAGAGGGAAAACGAUAGCUGUUCUCUCAUCUCUUCCUCUACAAAUACUCUUCUAUUUGAAUGGAUGGUAUUUUGCCUUUCUCUGGCUGUGUGAAGCAUUGAUGUACAUUUACAAAGGUUCAGUACUUCCAUACCCCACAGAGAAUCUGGCUGGAGAAUGGGUCCUUAUCUUCCUCUUAGUUGCCAUUGAGUAUGUCAGGUUGUUCUUAGGGAAGAAAGGAAACCUGACGGAGAAGGUCGUCCAUCUUGCCGUAUCCUUGGCGUUAUCCAUGGCAACACUGUUUGGCGCCCUCUAUCUCAUCUUGUGGCAGACGUACGUGUUACGAGCGGAGUUGAUCCUCAAUGCUGUGCUUCUAUGCUUCCUUGGACUUGAACUGGUAUUCAGUAUCAUUGCUGUAAUCUCAUUUGGCAGGGCAAAUCAAACGGUAAGAUGAGAGGUCCAGACGAUACAUAACUCCUAGUCAUCACUCAGUACUACUCCAGGGGGGCGUUUCACAAAGCCUUUUUUCAAUGACAAAUGACAAAAACCAGUGACAAAUCAGCUGAUAACCAAUCAGAAGCAAGGAUUUCAGUAGCU